AUGUCUGUCCAAGCACCCAACUUCUCCAUCCUCCAGGAUGAGAUUAAAGGCCUACAAGGAGAUGUUCAACAUGAUACACUAGGACUCUUAGAAAAAGCCCUCAAAUCCUCGUCAACUCCCAAUAUCGAACAACAGACCCAGAACUUCGUAACACCAAUUCUCAAGUCAUUCAAGGAAACUGGACAUCUUUACAAUGCGUCACAAAUAACGUUCGCACAACAAACCUAUGAUGCAAUUUUGUUGAUCUCUACAUGCAUCCCAGGCGGCCAUCACGCUCAAGAUAUUCUUCAGCACGCCCUGCCUUUGCUCCAACAGGCGGGUGAAGCGUGGGAUAUGGGAGAGUUCGGAAUGCUUACAAGGGAAAUUUGGAAUGAGGGUCUGUAUUUCCACUCCCAGAGCUCUUCUUCGUUAUUAACUAGAACACAGGUCCAAUCUACGAAACCGAACCCGCCCACAAGGAUGAAAACCAGCUAAACCUCAACCAAUGGCUAAACCUCAACUCCUUCAUCGCAAAAUGUUUCGAAACCAAUCUUUCCCAAGCCGUCCCUGGAGAACCCAUCCCAAACGUCUUUGCCAACUUCGCACUCUGGGAACUGAGACGUGCGCUCGAAACGCCGUCGCAGGAUGAAAAGAACAAAGAUAAUCAUGCUCCGAAUGAGGUCGUCGACAUGAGAGUCAAGGUUGCGUGUGAGUGGAUCGUUCAAGGGACGAAGAUGUUGCUCGUGGCUUGCUUGCAUAAUAGUUGUGGUGAUCAUCCGAAUGGAGGGAAUGAUGGGACUCCGUAUGGUCCUGGUGAGGCUUUUUCUGGGAAUGUGGGGUUUUCGAUGGAGAGGUGGGGGUUUUGGAAACGUAGGAUUGUUGAGCUUAAGGCUACUGUGGGAGAAGAUGUGCAUGGGAUUAUGGAUGAGGCUUUGAAGAAGAUGACGGCGGUGGAGUUUGAGGCUGCUGAAGCUUUGGUGUUUAAGAAAUGA